CCCCCCGCCGAGCGGUCCCACGACCGCGGGGCGGUGGCGCCGGGCGGCUGCUCCUGACAGACAUGUCAUGCUUUUAAGCAAGAGAUAAACCUCAACAGCCAGAGGUAGACCCAAUGGCAAAUUGGUGAAGCAAAAUGGGUUGAGUACAGGCAGAAUAACCUUAUGCCACUGAAAUCUGUUUUCAUCAUGUUGUCUCACCAGUGCUGGCAGAGCUGAAGCUUCCUGCUUCUUAGGGAGAGCAUGUAUAAAAGGAAUGACCUCAUGGCCAAUGUGAUGAUCACCUCUGCCACUCCAGAGGGUAGUAGCAGCUCAGAUUCUUUGGAAGGGAGGAGCUCGGAUUAUGCCAACAAAAGCUACGAUGCAGUUGUAUUUGAUGUAUUGAAAGUAACUCCUGAGGAGUUUGCUAGCCAGAUUACUCUUAUGGAUAUGCCAGUAUUUAAAGCUAUACAGCCUGAGGAACUAGCCAGCUGUGGAUGGAAUAAGAAAGAGAAACAUGUCCUUGCUCCAAAUAUUGUUGCCUUUACCAGGAGGUUUAACCAGGUCAGUUUUUGGGUUGUACGAGAAAUUUUAACAGCACAGACCUUAAAAAUAAGGGCAGAAAUAUUGAGCCAUUUUGUGAAAAUAGCUAAAAAGCUUCUAGAACUGAAUAACCUCCAUUCUCUUAUGUCAGUGGUAUCAGCGCUGCAAAGUGCACCUAUAUUCAGACUGACAAAAACCUGGGCUCUUCUGAAUCGCAAAGACAAGGCCAACUUUGAGAAGUUAGACUACUUACUGUCCAAGGAAGAUAAUUAUAAAAGGACACGCGAGUACAUCAGAAGCUUAAAAAUAGUUCCUGCUAUUCCAUAUUUAGGUAUUUAUCUCUUAGAUUUAAUCUACAUUGAUUCUGCAUAUCCUGCUUCAGGCAGCAUCAUGGAGAAUGAACAAAGAUCCAACCAAAUGAACAAUAUUCUCCGAAUAAUAGCUGAUCUGCAAGUCUCUUGUAACUAUGAUCAUCUUACAACAUUACCGCAUGUGCAGAAAUAUUUAAAGUCCGUCCGUUAUAUUGAAGAACUUCAGAAAUUUGUGGAAGAUGAUAAUUAUAAAUUAUCAUUAAGAAUUGAGCCAGGCAAUAGCUCUCCUCGACUGGUUUCCUCCAAAGAAGAUCUCACAGGUCCAUCUGAAGUGUCGGUAAUUACGAAAUUCAGCAGGAGACCAACAUGUCCUGAUGCUUCAAUGGCAGCAGGUCUACCAACACCUCCUGUACCAAGGCACAGGAAAAGUCACAGCUUGGGAAACAAUAUGAUGUGUCAGUUCAGUGUAGUAGAGAGCAAAAGUGCCACGUUCCCAACAGAGAAACCUCGCCAUCUGCUGGAUGACAGUGUCCUGGAAUCACACAGUCCUGCGCGUAGCCACAUGCUAAGCUCGGUUUUCUCUAAUGGUAUUUCCAUAGAUAGCAGUGAAAGCUCAGAAGUUAGUGAGGAACUGUCUUCAGGGCUUGAAAGGGGUCGUUUGUAUGCCACACUCGGGCCUAAUUGGAGGGUACCAAUCCGGAGUUCUCCCAGAAGUCAAAGCUGUGUCUACAGCCCAGUAGGAGCCUGUAGCUGCACAUCAAGUAGUUCCAUAGGAGUCAUUACCAUGGAAGGACCCUUAAGAAGGAAAACAUUGCUCAAAGAAGGCAAGAAACCUACUCUCUCGUCAUGGACUAGAUACUGGGUUACACUUUCAGGAUCAACUCUUCUGUACUUUGGAGCAAAAUCUUUAAGAGGCACUGAAAGAAAACAUUAUAAAUCCACACCUGUUAAAAAGGUCUCAAUUGUGGGCUGGAUGGUAGCGCUGCCUGAUGACCCUGAACACCCUGAUAUUUUCCAGUUAAAUAAUCCUGACAAAGGCAAUGUUUACAAGUUCCAAACUGGUUCAAGAUUUCACGCAAUAUUAUGGCAUAAGCAUUUGGAUGAUGCAUGCAAAAGCAACAGGCCCCAGGUACCUGCUAAUCUGAUGUCAUUCGAAUAAUUUCUUCUCUUACGUGGUGUGACUUCAAGUGCCAAACUGAAGAAACAAACUAUUGUUCUUUUAAGAUAGAAGACGAUAAAAGAAUGGUUUCUCCUGACAUGAGCCAGCCACAUGUAUUUCAGCACUUUCCUGUGUAACUUGAAAGUGAUUCCGACACAGCUUUUAAAAGCAGAAGGUGAAUGUUGUCCUUAGGACCAGAUAAAGUUUCAUGCACUGAGUGAAAGUAGAUAAUUUAAGUGGACAGAAGAAUAAUCCUGACUGCUGCAGGAUUCUAGAGCCCUCAACUUUAAUUUUGUGGUCACAGACUGCCCUGAAAAAAUAUUCAGACGCAAACUUUGCAUCAUAUCUUCUGCCUAUUCUUUUUUUUAACUGUUCUUUUUAUUAUUAAGCUUCUUUGUGUGACUGAAGAACAUUUGGCCCAUGUUGGGUUUCAAUUCUUUCUAAUGCACAAAAUGAUUUACAGUGUUAACUUGCUGCAAAGUGACAGAAUAGAAAAUUGUAGAACAACGUUUUUAUAACUUAAGUGCACUGAGUUGCUUGGCAAUGUGGCUGCCUCAGAUUUUGUAUCAAAUUUCUGGACAAUUUUGCUGUUCAUAUUUGAGCUAUUUGAAAAAAAUGUAUUUUGGCACGGGAUAGUUAGUAGCAUUUUCGGUUUUAUUCAAUGAUGCUGCUCAGGAAUGCCAUGACAAUGGAUUUAUGGCUAUUUAUGCUGUGUUAAAAGCCUUCUUGAGUUCUUUUACUGAUGGUAUGAUUGCUUAUAUGUCUAUUUUUUCUUUAAUUUGGAUGCUAUUCAUCCCUCAAUAUAGGAAAGUGGGUAUUCAGGUCUUCCAUAUCACACGAUCCUGGCUUCUAGGAAUGGUUCCAUAGAGUUAUAUUUCUAUUCCAUUUUCUUAUGGAUGACACAGACCCACUUAGUUCCAGUAAAUGAUGCAUCUGUAUGAUACACAGUACUGUGACAGCAGGUACACUAGUGGUGCUGUACUAGUAGCAGGUACACAGUACUGUGACAGCACUGGUUCAUAGUGCUGUUGUUAUGAAAUCAUGAUGGGGAUGAGAACUCAAUUACAGUGGCAAUGUAGGAGGCACAAAGAAGCCUCCUCGUGUCCUGGAAAAAAAAAAAAAAAAAAAAAAAGGAGAGAGAGAGAAAGUGAGCCUUCGGCUCAGAGAGAACUGUCUAAAUCCCGUGCUGUGCCCUAGCACUCUUAUGGAUCAGAGUGCUUUUUGUUAGUAGUUUCUGUUUUUUAAACUCUUUUGCCAUAGGAUAUCAGUAUUCAGGCUUCAUUAAAAGUAUCUGUUAAGUCUUAGAAAAUGGCCUUAGGAUAUGAGUGCUCUGCAUAUUUUUUGGCUUGGAAUUAAAGGGUAAACUGCCCGAAAGAGAGACCUGAAAGCCAAGCUCUAGCUUACAAACCAUGAAGAAAUCAAAAGUCAGUUUGUAUGGAGUAAGUCUGCAUUAGAACAAGCUCUGUUGCAUAAGGGUAUUUGUUCUGUGGACU